AUGUCUUCCGAACUAUAUUCCAAAAUUUAUAAUUUUUUAGUAACCGCUAAUCAAGAACAUAUUACAGCCACCUCGGUCAUUUAUCAGGGAAUAGAAGAAGAUCCCUGGAUUUCGCAAAAUGAUUUAAGAAGGGUUGUAGACCAAGCCAUAGGGUUUGCUAGUAAUCUAUAUACCGAAGAACCUUCGUGCCAAUUAAAACUUCUCCGAAUACUUCCCCAGUUUGAGAUAGCUUUUGAAGGAGUCUGUAGUUUGCGUGAUAUAGGAGCGGUUAAAACGAAUAAGGAAAGACCUCUUAACUCUGACGAGAUUAAAAAAAAUAUAAAUGAGCUGAAGGCCAAACUCAAGAAAAAUACAACGACGCCGAUUAACCAGCAUCUAUACUUUGGUAUAGAUAAUGUGAAUAUUUCUGAAUUAUCAUGGAUGGACCCUCUAGCCAGUCAAGUAAUUUCUGACAAGUCGGAAAUUGUAAAGAAGUUGCCGGGCCAAUUUAAGCAUACUUUUAUGAAGCCAGUACGACAAAUGGUACCUUUAUCUCUUCCGUCCGCAGUGAAAAGAAAAUGUAAUGAAUUCGUUGCUACUUUCAUUGAAAAUCGUGAAAUUGAUCUUCCAAGAAAACUUAUACAUGAUGGGACAUGGAAAGAAACAGAAAACGAGCUUGCAAUAAUCGCGGAGAGAAUUUUGGAUACAUUAAGCGAUUCUUGGAAUAAUCCUGCAUUUGGAGCGAAUUUUGUGGAAUCCCUGAAUGAAGGUACUUACGUGACCAAUGUGAUAGUACCAGCGAUUCGGGCAACAUUGAAGAAUCUUCCUCUAGGAAAAUCCACAUUCGUUAGUAGCUCUGAACGUCAAAGUAGUGCCAGUGCAGAUAGGAAAGGCGAUGGGCGAUCUGGGAGACGGCCAGACGUUAUGAUCGUAAUGAAACACAAUGGGAAAAAUUACGAACUUUUAUUUACCGAAUGCUCACGCUUAUCAUGUACAGCGCAAAAGGAAAGAGAUGAUCAAGUGAAGCUGUGGCGCGAGGUCAAUGAUGGCAUGUACUGGACUCGUAAAAGUUGCAAACCUGAUAAGGACGAAUUUGGGAUUAUUGGGGUACAGAUAGCUGGAAAGAAAUUAUAUUUAAGUAUCCUUAUAAGGGAUAUGAGCGAGGUCCAUCGAUAUUAUCGUCUCCAUGAAUCAGAAAUCCUGGUUCAACUUUCAGAUCCGUCAAUUGUAGAAAAAUUCGUAGAAUCAUUACUGAUAUUGCGAAAUAUUCUAAUCGUUAAUAUGAGUAUACUAUACAAUGCACCUUUAAAAAGAUCAAAUCGGAAUGUAGAAAAAAGCUCUACAGUUUCUUCACCUAAGCGAGAUGACUAG